UCGUCAAAUGUCAAUUAUGUGUCAGAAGUCAGUAAGUCAAAACAAUGUAUUUUUGAUUGAGCGUCUUAUUUGUAAAUUUUUGUUUUUAAAUGCUUAAAAACGUUUAAUAAAUAUUAACAAUGGAUGAAGAGAAUAAGUUACCUUUAAAACGAGUUGAACUAUCUUUAACGAAGUUUAACGAAGUAGCGAUUCCACAUCAUCUGGACUUACUUCGACAGCAUAAGGCUAAUAUUAUAAAGUAUGAAGAAGCAGAGGAGUAUGGGCGCGUUCGCUCGGAGCAGGUGCACGCGCGGCGCGUUGCAGCGCAACUGCGCGCGCUGCUCGGCGAGAUGGACGCGCUGCGCCGCCAGGUGCGCGCGCAGGACGUGCCGCACUUUGACCGUCUCACACAGCGCUCCAGGGAUCUCACGCUAAGGGCUAUCAUGGAUUACUUGGGUGUGAUAGAGCGCAGUUGUAUAGCACUGGUAAGGUCGGCGCAGACACGGUCGCGCUGCAGCGAGUCGUCGCCGAUGUCGAUCCCCGCGCGCGCGGCGCCGCCGUCGGCGCCCGGCAGCGCGCGCUCGGCCGAGUCGGUGGGCGUGCUGGAGCCCGCGCCGCUCGUGCAGCUGCACGUGGACCCGCAGGAGCUGCAGCUGCGCGAGCGCGAGGCCGUGCUGCGCGGGUGGGGGGAGCUGCAGGCCGAGGUGCGCGCGCUGCACGACGCGUGGCAGCACGUGCAGGCCGCCGCGCUCGCGCAGCGCGAACAGGUGGGCGCGGUGGUGUCGAGCGUGGAGGUCGGCGCCGACAAUGUGCAGGCGGCGCGGGAACACCUGGCGCUCGGCGAACGGCUGCGCGCGGGCGCGUGGGGCGCGGGCGGCGCGCUGGCGGGCGCGCUGGCGGGCGGGCCCGUGGGGCUGGUGCUGGGCGCCAAGGCGGGCGCGGCCGCGCUGCUGGUGGGCUCCGCGCUCGGCUACGUGGGCGCGCGCCUGCUGGGCCGGCGGCGCGACUCGCAGCUGCGCGCCGACGCCGACGCCGACGCCGACGCCGAGCGGAAGGAGCUGUAG